AUGAGCUGGAUUGGAAUGAUGGCAUCCAUACUCCCAGUCCGGGAAGCCAUACAACGCGGUAGUAUAGGGGAACCCCAGGAAGCGGACGCGCAAUUCCUGCCCAUCAAAGAGGCAAUUGGUUCACGCUUUCUCGAUGCGGCAAUGGUUUGGGCAAUUUGGGCGAAUAACCAACAUGCGCUUUACUGGCUCGUUGGAAAUGGGGCCAACAUCAAUAAGCGAUUCAAAGACAUUCACUUCCUGGCACCCCUACACUGCGCUGCUGAGCGGAUGAAGCCUGUCUUGGUAUCAAUUCUGCUCGCAGGUGGAGCAUUCCCCAAUAUUACUGCAAGUAUUGCACGUACCCCACUUCAUCUUGCAUGUUCAUCAUAUCAAGCACCAAGAGCAGAAUAUGGAAUAUGUUCAGCAGAUACCGUGGGGGGUCUUUGCACACUUCACGAUCCUCCUCAUUUUGACUCAACGUGGGGAUUGCAGGUUCUUGGCGAUGAUAAUACUCCACAAGAACGGACGUCUUGUCAAAGUCUCGUCGUACAGCUGCUCCUCCAUUACGGGGCCACUAUCGAUGCCCGCGAUUCAAACGGAAGAACACGACUAGCUUACAGCAUUGGUACACGAGCAUAUCAUAUCUCAGAGGCGCUGCUCACCAGGAAACCACCUGCAGAUAUCAACAGCAGGAAUGACCUCGGCCUAACGCCACUCGGCGAAGCGUGCGAGCUGUGGGAGUGCCCAGAGAGGGCUCAAUUUUGCCUGAAAUGGGGAGCUGAUGUCCAUCUCAAGGAUAAACUUGGACGAACACCCCUCUUCAUUGCUGCUGAGUCGGGGAACAUUGAGCUUUGCCGCAUUCUCAUCGCCGCCGGAGCAGAUAUUGGCGCCGUCAACGUUCAAAAUGAUCAUUGCCUUCAAGCCAGUCUCCUUUCGCAGAAAUGGGAUUGCGCUUCACACUUACUAAGCGUUGUAGAACACUACCUGCCCGAUGGAGUCGCAGACCUUCUCAGCUCUUGUAGUUAUGAGGGACUGAACUGUCUGGGCUGUUGCAUUUUUCUUCGAUCCGUGAUCCCUCGAGAUCUGUCGGUGAGAUUUCUGGAAUUCUAUGCUGCGGUUAAUUUACUCGAUGCAGCUAAUGCAUCGGGAUACACACCUCUUCAUCUUGCAGUUUCAUUUCAAUCCGCUGAGUGGGUGAGGGUGUUGCUCGAGCUUGGCGCAGAUCCCAGGAUCUCAGAUACAAUAUACGGCUGGACAUCCACAUUUCUGGCAACAUUUCAGCCUUUGAGAUCAAGUUUGAAAACGCUAAAACUGAUCAUGGAGAGCGGGAAGUAUACUGAAGACCCCGAAGACCUCAUGGGUUGGAGCGCCGGCUCGAUGACCUUUUGGCUUCAAUCAACGUUGUAUCUCGAAGGGAUGGAUCCGAUAUAUUACGAGACUGCUGAUCGAAUGAGAUCGCACACCAUCCCUCGAGCAGUCGCGGCAUGGCGGAGGGAAUCCGAAAGAAGGAAAGUUCAUUACCGGAAAGAAAGCUUUCCGGACUUGGUUGAAAGACUACUUGAGCAAAAGGGGUUUCUGCGUUGGAAGAUCGGUACUCCCGCAAUUCAACAUCCCCCCUUCGACAUUUUUACCGACCCUGAUAAUAAUUACCUACGAGAUAGUGUCAGUGUUGAUGAUGAGAAUAUCAGCGAUCGCUCAAGACAUGACGCCCGAGUUGUCCUGUGGGGAUGGAAGGCGUAA